AUGAUUCCACCGCAGGAUGAUGAGGAAACACCUCUUCUGCAACGACCAGAGCAGCCAACGGCCAAGACAUCUCUUCCCUGGGAUCAAUUUUGGAUUAUACUGCUCUUGGAGAUGCCAGUUUUUCUUUCUGUUCGGACCCUUGCCCCAUUUAUUCCUCAACUCAUUAGAGAUAUCGGAGUCACUCACGGAGACGAAUCCCAGGUUAGCUACUAUAUCGGCAUUCUUGUAAUGCAUACCCUGACUGUUUUUCAUUGGAGUCGACUGUCCGACUACAUCGGGCGGAAACCUGUAAUACUGACAGCUUUAUUAGCACAUGUUCUUUCGUUGUUUUCGUAUGGGCUGUCGAAGACCUUCCUUGGUCUAGUGGUAGGUCGUGUCGUCUGCGCAGCAUUUGAUCCGGGCGAUGCUGUCAUCAACACCUUGCUGAUGGACAUUACUGACGCAACCAACAUGCCCAAGGCAUACAGUUAUAUGCCAAUUCCGGUGAUAAUCGCAACCACGGUUGGAUCACUCAUUGGGGGAUUGCUCUCCCGACCAGCAGACAGAUUCCCCAACAUCUUUGGCCGAUCAGAACUGCUGAGAACCUACCCAUAUCUCCUGCCAUGCUCUAUCUCGGCAUUUUUCAUAUCGAUAAUUUGGCUAGUCGUGUAUAUUUGUCUUAAAGAGUGUGGUCACAAGAGCGUUUCCACCAGGACACCGCUUCGGGAGCUAGUUGAAGGAGGAUUCUUCGGACAAUCAUAUUCGAAGUCUCGCCAGUCAUCCAGCAAUGGUAUAGCCAAUCCUGCGAAUCCUGGAGAAGCGCAAUCAAAGCCGCUUCCGCUGCGUGCCUUGCUAACCUCAAAAGUGUUGAGCGUAAUGGCAAGUUAUACCACCAUGGGCCUGUUUCACAUGGCAUUCAGUUCUAUCUUACCUAUUUUCUAUGCGACACCGAUUGAACUUGGUGGUCUUUCCCUUGACCCUCCUCGCAUCGGUGCUUUACUUGCGGCAUCAGGUAUCAUACAAGGCAUAUUCCAGCUGCUUUUAUACGCUCGUUUACAUCACCACUUCGGUGCAAGAACUAUCUACAUCACCGGCGUUAGCUCCGGCAUACCCAUCGUCAUUUUAUUCCCAGUGACCAAUGCUCUGGCUCGAGCAUAUGGAAUAGGCAUGGCAGUGUGGCUGUGUGCUGCCAUUCAGCUUACGCUGAAGACUAGCUUGAUCAUGUGCUUCCCCUGCCUGACAUUAUUCAUCAGAGCAGCUGCUCCCAAUCGCGCCUCGCUCGGAGCAACCACUGGAAUCGCGCAGGUGGCUCUCGCAGUAGGAAGGAUCGUUGGCCCGGCGUCUGCGGCUUCAGUCUUCUCCUAUUCAUUGCAGGAAGGGCAUGAUGCGUGGUUGAUAUACUACUUCUUGAUCGCAAUUGCACUUCUCGCUGUAGGACCUACCAGCUGGACACCGUACUGGGGGCAUCCUGAUAUCAUGGAGGAACUCGAAAGUCGACCGGAGUGGUGCCUUGAUCUCACUUUCCAGCACGCCUUGCUGGUUCUUGGCUACGAGUUUGGUGAUGAUCGGGACGUUGGACAUAGUGCUCUUUACCACUUCGCGACACGCAGGCACACAGUCGCGGAUACACCACUCCAGCGUAUUGAAGGCACAGAGCUCGAUUGGUGUCUCGGUGCCACGAUAGCGAUGGUGGGCGACCAUGCGCGUAAGGUUCAAUGUGGAGUAAUAGCGGAGGUACUACCCGCACAAUGUGGUCAAGUAUACGGGGCAACAAAUUUUGAGCUUGUUCCAUCAACUGUCGUACUCUUUAUGGACGAGCGGCGACUGCCAACUUCGUGGAACGACUUCUCAUCUAAUAAGCCCGAAUUCCCGUUGCGUUAG